GGGGCAACGCCCAGGCCACCAACUAGUUUUUAAACUUAUAAAGGAUUUUUAAAGGUUUGAAUUAGAUUAGACUGGAUAUCAUAAAGUAAAACCUAUUUACCAUAAUAAUUGCUUUUGGCCUAGUUUGAAAUAAAUUUUGAAGCCCCUACUACAUAAUAUAUACGAGUAAUAUAUAUUUCGUACCAAGCAUGAGUUAUGUCAUCGCCAGUUUCGCCACUGCCAUAAUUGCAAUUAAUAAGGAAUUAAAGAUUAAAAUUAUAAUUCUCAACCCCUCACCCCCACCAAAAUCCCACGUACCAAACUGUCCUUAAACUUUUAUAAUUGUCAUAACUCAUAAGGUAUGUUUAAUUUGGAUUAAAGAGGUGCCAUAAAGUAUUAGGUAUGAUGUUAUGUUUUAAAUUUUGAUUAAGUAAAUUAAUAUGUCUAUUGACAUUUUCAUGUCCCAAAAUAAAAGGAAAAAAAAAAAAAUUAGGUAUUAAUUGCCGACCAUCCACUCACCUUUAACCAAACUAUCAAAUUACUCCUAAAUAAUUAAUCAAAAAACUUUCAAAAAGAUUUUAAUAAUUAAAAAUAAAAAUAAAAAUAAAAAUAAAAAUAAAAGAUAAAGCAAAGACAAAACUUCUAUUCUCUAGCAGUAUACUGAAUAAUUAAUUAAUUCUAUGAACUUAAGCACCAAUUCCUGGAUUUAAUCACAUAAAACAUGACAUUAAAGCUUCUUUAAUUACUAUUAAUCAUCCAAUAUAGCCCCCAAAGCUAGAAGAAUCGGAACCUUCCCACCUACCUUACUCCAAAAAAGUCUCUCUCAUUCUAAAUUUGCUCUCAAAUUUGGACCCAUUUCAAGUAAGCAUCUUUUUCUCUCUUUUUCACUGUAUAAUCCAAAGUUUUUGUACAUAUUUUUUGUAGUACUUAGAAGAUUUGAUUGAUAAUUACAUUUAUGCUUUUCUGGGUAGUUUAAAGAUUUUGUUUCAUGGGAGAAAAGAUGUCUGAAUCUGGGUUUUCUAUACAUAAUGAUUCAAGUGAUGGUGAAUUGUUGCGUGAUAUUGAAGAGAUUAGUAAUGCCCUUUAUUCAAUGAACAAAACCCAUGAAAAUUCUGUGAUUUCUUACUCUAAUUAUGGACCUAAAUCGCAUUUUAGUGUACCAAAAUCGAACCCGAAACCAGGGUUUGAUAGAGAGAAAGAGUGGUUGAAGGAGGAGCAUAAGCAACAUUCAUCAAUUUGGGGUUGGAAACCCUUUAAGGCAUUGUCCCACAUUAUUAGGCAGAGGAAAUUUACUUGUUAUUUCUUUUGUCAUGUUCAUUGUAUUGAGAAUUUGAUGUUGGAUUUCAAAGAUAUUUGUUUGAGUGUGCAUUGGAAGAGGAAGGAUGUUGUGCUUAAGACCCGUCCGUCGAGGGUUUCGAAUGGCAUGGUUGAGUUUGAGGAGACAUUGAUGAGUAAAUGUACUGUUAGUGGCUCUAAAAAUGGUCAUGGGGGUUUUGUGAAGUAUGAGCCUAAGCAUUUUUUGUUAUAUGCGUCGAUAGUUGGGACAGAAGGGUUAGAUAUUGGGAAGCAUUGGGUUGAUCUUACAAGAUUGCUUCCUCUUACUUUGGAGGAGUUGGAGCAAGAUAGAUGCUCAGGAAAAUGGUCGACGAGCUUUAAGCUUGCAGGCAAGGCGAAUGGUGCUACUUUGCAUGUUAGUUUUGGGUUUUUGGUUACAAAGGAUGGAUUAGCUGAAUCAGGUAGUUGCAUAAAACCACCUCUCGCUCUUAGCUUGGAGGGAAAUGAAUUGAACAGGAUGAGCUCUGUUGAUUCUGGUUCUGUCAGAGGCAAUACCUCACUUAGGCGGGUGGGGAGUGUUCCGAGUAGCUUAAAUAAUGCUUCUUGUUAUUCAUCUCAAUACCUGGAUGCAAAGAUUGGUGGGCCGAAGGAUGAAUAUGAUUUCUCAAAUUCCAUUGAUAUGCUAUAUGGUAAGCUUGAGGAAGGGAGGGUUGAUAGUCUGACAAAGUUUGAUAAGGUUAUUGAACAGUUGGAGUCGAUUCAGUUGGGUCCAAACUCAUUAUCUAGUUCUGUAAAAGAUUUUUGUGGAACCAAACAUGAUGAUGCUGAGUUUACAGUGAUAGAAAAGGGAGUAGAAUCAGAGUGCUCCCCCAAGGAAGCGAAAAAGUUGGAUGAAUGUAUCCCUGCAGACUUGGAAGCCUCAGCUGUAGAAAUAAUUGAUGUGGCUGAGAUUUUCAAGGGUGAAGAGAUAUGCUCAGAGGAGGAGACAAAGGUUGCUAAUUGGGAUGAAGCCUUGAAUUGUGUUUCAGAAGAGGCUCCUAUAGAUAAAUACAGUGUUGAUAUUAAAGAGUCAUAUCUUGAAGAAGAGGCUUUAGAUUUGCUUAAGAUGUUUAUUUCACAGUCUGAUGAAUUAGAAACGUCAGAGGAUGAUAUGUCUGUUGAGAUUAAAGCCAAGUAUAAAGGAAGUAAUCUGGUCAAAUCAUUGAGCUUAAAUGACUUUGAAAGAACUGUGGCAGAUGAUUUCUGUAAUCUGUUGCAAGACUUGCGUACUCCCUCAAACCGGAGUUUCAAUGGCGGGCUUGAAUCUCCUCGAGAACGCCUUUUAAGACAGUUUGAAGAAGAUAUGAUGACUUCAGGUAGCCUCUUCUUGGGUGCUGAUGUACAAGAUGAUGUGUCUGAUUAUGACUUUGCAGCUUUUGGUGUAUCCUCUUCAGAAUAUAAUUUUGAGAGUGUAGAUCACUCGCCUGUCAUUGAUACUGCAGGCCUUGAAGUGAAUGAAAGUUUACAACAGGCAUUGAGAAAUAAACUGAAAGCAAAAAGCCUUGAACGCUUGGAAACUCAGACCUUGAUGCAAAGAUGGGGUUUAAAUGAGGAAGCCUUCCAGAGCUCCCCUUAUUAUAGCACUGGUGGAUUUGGGAGUCCUGUUUUUGUACCACCUGAAGAACCAAUAGGAUUGCCUCCCCUUGCAGAAGGCCUGGAACCAUUGCUUCACUUAAAUGAUGGAGGAUAUCUGCGGUCUAUGAGCCCUUUGCUUUUCAAAAAUGCUAACAAUUGUGGGAGCUUGAUCAUGCAAACGUCGAAGACUCUCGUGCUACCCACAGAAUUGGGUUCUGAUAUCAUGGAGAUAUUGCAGUGUUUGGCAUCGGUUGGCUGUGAGAGACUGUCCAAGAAAGUGCAUAGUUUAUUGCCUAUGGAAGAUCUCUCUGGAAAAAUUAUGCAGCAAAUAGCAUGGGAGGCUUCAUACUAUGCUGAGUGUCCGAAAGGUUUGUCUGCCUCUUCUCAGUAUGAAUCUGAUGUCAAGAUUGAGGUUGAGGGGCAUCCAUAUGUUCAAGGUUGUAAUUACUUUAGUUCAAGGUCAACUGGCGGUGAUAUCAGGUCAGAAUAUGUGGCUGCUAAAGAUCUGGCCUUGUUGGCACUCGACAGUAUAGAAGUCCUCAUGAUUGAG